CAAAGUCCACGCUCACGAAACACGCCUAAAAUCAAGGCUUGUGUAAACUCGGAAGUAUCUGUAUGUGGGUGACGGUGACAAUCACAAGUACAGCACGACAUCUGUGAAGUGUGCGUUGUAACUCUAUCCACACUACCAGUAAGACGAGAAACAUAAUAGUACAGUUGUUCCAAGUUCACGAUUUUCUCUCAUACUGUACGCUCGUGCAGCGCAGUGACGCCGCGAUUAACCUCCAGAAGGAACCCGGAGAAAAAACUAACAUAUUCCGGAAGUUUACCGACACCUGCAACCAUGAUCGCUUUAACAUGGAAACUUGUCUCUUAUCGAGAGGAACAUAUGUUACACUAGCAGCGCAGGCACUGCGAUCCACCCGAGCAGGUGUGUGAAUGUGUGAGAGUGUUUGGAGAUGACAUCCUCAUGGCUCGGGAACAGGAUCACCUCUCUUGGAUGGGCCGAUCUGUCCAAACACACACACAUGCCGCCCUCCGGCCUUCAGUGUGUAGUGCUGUUCCCUGAUGGCACAACCCAGAAUUUUACUGUCAGUAAAAACGAUGCCGGUCUUCUGUUGUUCGACUUGGCUUGUGAACACCUAAAGAUAGUAGAGAAGCAGUACUUCAGCCUGCAGAUUAGCGAGGACACCUCCAGCUCUCCGAGGUGGCUGGACCCUAACAAGCCCUUUAAGAAACAACUGAAGGGUCCUGAUCCGUUCUUUUUAAUAUUUAGAGUACGAUUCUUCAUUUCUGACCCCAACUCCCUCCAGCAUGAGCAGACCAGGCACUUUUAUUUCUUGCAGAUUAAAAAAGAUAUUUGUGAGGGGAGACUCAAGUGUCCUUUAAGCUCUGCAGUGGUACUGGCCUCUUACGCUGUGCAGUCUGAGCUUGGAGACUACGUCCCUGAAACUCCUCCUGGAUACCUCAGUCAGACCCAUUUUAUCCCCGAUCAAGACCAUGAGUUCAUUCUUAAAGUGGAGUCGCUGCAUCCACAGCACAAAGGUCUGUGUCAGAGUGAAGCCGAGCUUUGUUAUUUAAACACAGCAAGAACAUUAGACCUUUAUGGGGUGGAGCUACAUAACGCUCAGGAUAUUAGUAACCCCGCCCUCUGGGUGGGGAUUACAUCAGGGGGUGUGGCCUUGUUUUGCCAUUUAAUUUGCUCCAGUUUCUUUCCCUGGAUUAACAUCAUCAAAAUGUCGUUCAAACGGAAACGGUUUUCCGUCCACCUGCGCCGGAAACACGGAGAGCUGGGCCACCACGUGGUCUCUAUCUCCAUGCCAAGCUCGCGUGCCUGUAAGAACCUCUGGAGGUCCUGUGUGGACCACCAUACAUUCUUCAAUAGGAAACCCUCUCCCUCACCUUCAAAACUUAGCUCUGCUUACCUGUAUCGUAAACUGCUUGGUGAGAAGAUGAUAAACCCUGCAGUGAGAUCAAUCUCAACGGAACACCUGGAGACCAAGAGCUUACCCUCCCGUUCACCACCCAACACACCCAACUGGCGAAGUCCUCGGUUACGUCAUGACGUUCACAAACCACGUCCAUCAUCCGCGGACAACUUGACCAAUGAAAUGAGCUAUGUGACCGAGAGUGAAGACGUGUUCUAUACUUACAGGAAAAAUCAGGAGGAUGGAAAGAUGAGCGGUAGCUGGUCCCAUAGUGAUGAUGUCAUCACAGAGGAGGAUGACUCGCAGCAUUGGGAUAAAAAUAUAACAGCCGAUGGAGAUCUGCUUCUUGUGAGAAUCAGCCCAGACCAAGAUGGGAAGUUUGGCUUCAAUGUUAAAGGAGGUGUGGAUCAGAAGAUGCCCCUGGCCAUUUCUCAUGUUAACCCUGCAUCUCCGUCCGGCCGCUGUGUGCCUCCGCUGAUGGAGGGAGAUCAGGUGUUGUUGAUAAAUGGGCGGGACAUCUCUGAACACACACAUCAGCAGGUGGUCAUGUUCAUUAAAGCCAGCCGCGAGUCACACAGCAAAGAACUCGCCUUGCUUGUGCGGCGUAAAGGUGUCUCUUUGCGAGCUGAGCCUACCUUACAGAUAGGUGAUGGUCUCACGCUUCCAGGUGAAAUAUCCCCAAUGUCUAGCCGGCCUCCCGGAGAGACACUGGAAGAGUCCAUGACCCGUUUGGAGAGGGGUUUGGUCACUGGCACACUGCUUUUACAGUUUGAGAAAUUGGACAGGAAGAAAGUUGGAAUGUUAUUUUCUUGUGCAAAGCUGUCAGAGAAUACGGACAAGAAUCGGUACAAAGAUGUAUUACCAUAUGACAGCACUAGAGUGGUGCUACAAGAGGAGGAGGAUGAUUACAUCAAUGCCAGCCAUGUAAAGACUGAGCCAGCAGGUUGUGUGUUGCGGUACAUAGCAGCUCAGGGUCCACUGCCACAAACAUGUACCCACUUCUGGAGGAGCGUGUGGGAGCAACACAUCAGUGUCAUUGUCAUGCUGACCACACUGACCGAGAGAGGAAGGACGAAGUGCCACCAAUACUGGCCGCAUCCUCCGGAAGUGAGGGAUUAUGGGUACCUUCAGGUGUGCUGUCACUCAGAGGAGUGCAACCUGGCAUACGUUACCAGAGAGAUAACACUCACAAAUACUAAGUCAGGAGAGCAGCGCUCCAUCACUCAUAUACAGUACGUUGCCUGGCCAGAUCACGGGGUACCUGAGGAUUCCUCAGACUUCCUGGAUUUCGUCCAAUCAGUGAGAAGUAUGAGAGGGGAUUCUGUGCCUCUUAUGGUCCACUGCAGUGCUGGGAUUGGGAGGACAGGUGUGUUGAUCACCAUGGAGACAGCCAUGACACUGAUGGAGAACGAAAAGCCUGUGUAUCCCCUAGAGAUCAUUACCUUGCUGAGAGAACAGAGGGCCAUGCUGGUUCAAGCACCGUGCCAGUUCAGCUUCGUAUGUGAAGCCAUUCUGAGGGUGUACAGAGAGAGAUUUAAACCAAGCCUAACACUAAACAGUUGAUAAGAAGAGAGUGUGUUUGAAAAGUUAAGUAAGAAGCUUCGCCGCUGUGCUCAGACUGUUGAUAAAGACUGAUGUGAAAAUAAAAAAGGGACAGGGAGUUGGGGGCGUGUCUGGAUGAAGAUUGGAGGAUGGAUGGAUAGAUGGACAAUCUCUUCUCUUGCUGUGUCUGUGCUGACAGCUGUGCCGAUCAAGGAAGAGCAUUAAGCACAUUGACGCUUAAGCUUAUAGGAUGCUACAGUGCACACAAACACUUUCUGUCUGCUCCACAUCGCUGUAUACAUCAACUAGAAUAAUUCAAUUCACCUCUGCUAUAAUAAAUAAUAAAAUGUGUAAUUCUUCUCA